GAAGAUCGAGGAAAGGCAAAGCUAAAGCCACCUUCGACAGUUCGACCUCACACGGUUCUCGAGGAAGAUACUCCGUCUCUUCCUUUCCUACUUUCCCCGUCUAUUCAUGGGCGACGCUUUGACGGAUCAAGAAUUCAACCAGUACAUUUCAGGUAGAGGCGACGCGAAUCUCGAAACUCUUGAAAGUUUAUUCGAGGAGAUUGAUGAAGCAGGAAUGGACGGGGACGAGGAGCCUACACCGCACAGCAACGACGUCGACCAUGAGGCAUGUGAGCCCGAGACCUCUCAAGGUCCGGACAAAGUAUUACUUGGGCCAAAGCCCUACUCAAUAACCCAACUCCCAAUCCUUUCGGCCUUUCCCAUAACUCAGAAGUCAGAAAUUCAGAACCCUAAGCGGCUAAGCUGUGAAUCCGAAGAACAGGCGGAGCUUCUGAAGCGCUAACCAUUCGAGCACAGACGGAGACGGAGGGAAGCGCUAACCUUCCGAGCACAGACGGAGACGGAGCAGAGAAUCUUGACACCACCGGUCACCUUAAAUCGCCUUCUCCGGUGAAUCUUGUCCCGUGAGCACAGGAAGGACAAAGAAUCAACAUCGAAUUCAAGUGCUCAUAAUCUUCAAUCUUCGGAAAUAAUUAAAAAGCAUAAAGGAUGUGCCGUAUUAUUUUUCAAUUCACUAACAAUAGUUUAUAUACUUUUUUUUAUACAUUAUUGGAGACUAAUUUAAUCAUAUAAUUAUAUUUUCUCUACAGAGUAAAGAGGAGAUAGUCAAGACCUAAUUGCAUGUGAAAGAGGGGUUUUGGUUUUUUUGGAAGCCAUAAAGAUGACUGCCUACUGCCUGAUUGUUCUUUUUGGAACCAUAUGGCAUUAUAGUGCCAAAAUGUGAUUGUACUCUUUCCUUUUUUUGUUAGAUGAUCAUGCCAUCACGAGGGUUUGCUGUCCUCACUUCCUCUUUAUCAUUGUUCAGGCUAUUAUUUUUGUUUGAUGACUUAAAAGUUUAAACUGAUGGUGGUGGGUAGUCUAUUGUUAUGGACUAAUGGUGAAUGACCAUGUAUGUAUUAUUAAAUUAUUUGCAUUUCU